AUGGACCUGAAGGACUUCACCAGGGACCUCAGGGCCACCCUGUACCGCACUGAUGACACCUUGUGGGGCCACAAUGUCACCUACGAUGAUGAUGAUGAUCCUCCCACCUCCCUGAGCAAGGCCCUGGCCAUCUACAAGGACACCCCUUGGAUCCCCAGGAACCGUGUGACAAUGGUGACCAUCAUGUGGCACCUGUCCGUAUCUGUGCUUGUGGACAGGUGGGCCCGGCUGGCCAGGAGGGCCACCGAGCUCUGCGAAGCCUGGAGGAGAGACGCCACGAGGGCGGCCACCAAGCGCAGGGUUGGAGACAUCGAGGCCACCCUGACGGGGACAGAUGAGGUGUUCCCCAAUGUCCCUGAGGACUUGGUGGCCAAGGUGGCCGUGGCCGAGCGGCUGUGGGAGGCCAACGCCCGCCUGGCCAAGGAUCACCUGCUUGGGACACUUCAAGACAUCAUCGACUUCUACUUUGGCUGUGGUCGCGCCAGUCCCAAUGCCCGUGAGGUGGCCAAACGGUGCCAGAGAGCCAUCGAGGACAUCCCAAGGCUCCUUCAACCCCCGGAGCGUCCCCAGAGUGUCUCCAAGGUGUUCCCACCACAGGUCACUGUGGUGGCCAUCCUAGGCGAGCUGCUGGCCACCCUGCCCAGUCGGGACGAGAUGCUGCUACUGUCCCCAAAGCACCUGGACUUUGACAUGGUGGAAUUCACUGAGGAACUCCGGGCCACCCUGUACCGCUUUGAUGACACCUCGUGGUGCCACAAUGUCACCUCCAAUGAUGAUGAUGACCCUGUCACCUCCGAUGAUGAUGACCCUCCCACCUCCCUGAGUCAGGCCCUGAUCACCUGCAAGAGCACCCCAUGGACCAUCCGGAAGCGUGUGACGAUGGCAGCCAGCAAGUGGCAGGGGUUGGUGGCUGCGCUUGCACGCAGGUGGGUCCAGCUGGCCAGCAAAGCCACUGAGCUCCGUAACACCUGCAGGGAGGUGGCCACCAAGGCCGCCAUCAUGGUAGCCACCGCCACUGCCCGGGCCAGAGAGCUGCAGGACGAGGCUGCCCAUUAUGGGACAGCUCAGGAAAACAUGCCACAGGUCAGUGUGGUGGCCAUCCUGGGUCAGUUGCUGCACACCAUGCCCUGGCUGGACAAGGAGAUGCUGCCCGUGUCCCGAAGGUGCCUGUACUGGGACCUGGAGGAAUUCACCAAGGAGCUCCAGACCACCCUGUACCAUAUUGGUGGCACACAGUGGCACCGCACUGUCACCUCUGAUGAUGAUGGCCCACCCGCCACCCUGAGCCAGGCCCUGGCUACCUAUGAGAGCACCCCAGGGACCACCCGGGACCAUGUGACAAUGGUGGCCAGCAAGUGGCAGGGGUCAGUGGCUCUGCUUGUGAACAGCUGGGCCAAACUUGCCAGGGCAGCCACCAAGCUCCUCAACACCUGCAGGGAUUUGGCCACCGAGGCAGAUGACAAGGUGGCAACUGCCACUGCCAGGGCCAGGGAGCUGCAGGUCAAGGCUGCCCAUUAUGGGACAGCUCACGAAAACAUGGUGGAGCUGGGUCAGGUGCUGGGCAAGGAAGAGGGAGCCAGAGUAGUGGCCAGGCCUGAAGCGCGGGUAAGGAGAGAGGCCUGGGUGGCCACCAGCGAGGCAACAAGGGCCACCAUGGUAGUGAGACAGCGGGUGGAGGCGGCCCUGGGGCUGCUGGAGCGCUUGGUGGCUGCGUGUGACGAAGCCACCGCCUUCCCCCGGGAGCUGCAGCACCUGCUCAGGGACAUCGAGGCCACCCUGGAGGGGACAAAUGAGGCAUCCCCUGAUGUCCCUGAGGCCUUGGAUCACCUGCUGCAGACAGUUCCAGACUUCACUGAAUUCUUGUUCAACAGUUGUCCCACUGGCCCCAGUGCCUGUGAGGUGGCUGAGCAGUGCCAAAGAGCCAUCGAGGACAUCCCAAGGCUCGUUCGACCACUGGAGCGUCCCCAGAGUGUCUCCAAGGUGUCCCCAGUGAGCAAGGAGCCCCAAGAGCUGUCCUCAGCCCGGCUGCUGCCACAGGUCAGCGUGGUGGCCAUCCUGAGCAAGCUGCUGGCCACCCUGCCCAGUCAAGACAAGAUGAAGGUCGUGUCCGCAGUGGACCUGUACAGGGACCUGGAGGAAUUCACCAAGGACCUCUGGGCCACCCUGUACCACAUUGAUGGCACCUGGUGGUGCCGGGAUGUCACUGUGGAUGAUGAUGACCCUCCCACCUCCCUGAGCCAGGCCCUGGCCGCGUAUGAGAGCACCCCAUGGACCCCCCAGAACCGUGUGACAAUGGCAGCCAGCAAGUGGCACACAUCCGUGUCUGUGCUCAUGAACAGCUGGGCCAAGCUGGCCAGGAAGGCCACCAAGCUCCGCAAUGCCUGCAAGAGGGCGGUCAGUGAGGCGGCCGACAUGGUGGCUGCCACCACCGCCCGGGCCAGGCACCUGCAGGACAUGCUUGCCCGUUAUUGGACAGCUCAGGAAAACAUGGUAAAGCUGGGUCAGGCCCUGGGCGGGGAGGAGGGGACCAAGAAGUUGGAUGCCCAUGAAGCCCGGGUGAGGGAACAGGCCAUGGAGGCCACCAGCGAGGCAACAAGGGCCACCAUGGUGAGACAGCGGGUGGAGGCGGCCCUGGGGCUCCUGGAGCGCUUGGUGGCCGUGUGUGACGAAGCCACCGCCUUCCCCCGGGAGCUGCAGCGCCUGCUCAGGGACAUCGAGGCUGCCCUGAAGGGGACAAAUGAGGCGUCCCCUGAUGUCCCUGAGGCCUUGGUGGCCAAGGUGGCCGUGGCCGAGUGUCUGUGGGAGGCCAACGCCUGCCUGGCCAAGGAUCACCUGCUGGGAGCCAUUGAUGACAUCAUCAAGUUCUUUUUCUACGGUGCUCCCACCAGUCCCAGUGCCUGUGGGGUGGCCGAGCGGUGCCAAAGAGCCAUCAAGGACAUCUCAAGGCUCGUUCGACCCCUGGUGUGUCCUCAAAGUGUCCCCAAGGUGUCCCCAGUGAGCAUGGAGCCCCAAGAGGUGUCCCCUGCCCAGCUGCUGGAGGCUCUGGUGUCCGUGGUGGCCACCUUGGGUGAAGUGGCGGCCACCGUGACCGGGUCACACCAGGGCGUGCAGCAGUGCUUGUCUCCAGACUCCCUGCGCGCUGCCCUGAGGAGAUUCACCCAGAGCCUCCGUGAGACCCUGGACCACGGCAGUGUCCCCUCCCUGGGCCAGGCCCUGGCCACCCUCAGGGCCACCUCUUGGAUCAGCUGGGCCGAUGUGAGAGCUGUGGCCAAGGCCUGGCAGAAGUUGGUGGCCGCGCUCAGGGACAGAUGGGACCAGCUGGCCUUGGAGGCCGCCGAGCUCUGUGUUGCCUGCGCGGACGCGGCCCCUGCCCGGGCCAGGGACCUGUGGUACGAGACUGCCCGCCGGGGGACAGCCUGGCACAGACUGGCUGCCACCGCCCAGCGGCCAACGGUGGCCCUGGACUGGGAGGAGGUGGCCUGGGUGGGGGCCACAUGCAAUGUCCUGGAGGCAGCGGCCACCGACGAGGAGGAGGCGGCCACCAGUGAGGAGGAGGUGGCCACGAGCAUGCAGGUGCUGGCCCCCAGUGAGGAGGAGGCGGCCACCAGUGAGGAGGAGGCGGCCCCCAGUGAGGAGGAGGUGGCCACCAGUGAGGAGGAGGCGGCCACCAGUGAGGAGGAGGCGGCCACCAGUGAGGAGGAGGCGGCCACCAGUGAGGAGGAGGUGGCCACCAGUGAGGAGGAGGCGGCCACCAGUGAGGAGGAGGCAGCCACCAACAAGGCCAUGGGAGAGGCCGUGGUGGCUGCCAGCCAGGCAAGGGCGGCCACCAGGAGGGCACAUUGGGCAGAGGUGGCCCUGGGGCCACUAGAGCGCUUGGUGGACGUGUGUGACAGGGCCACCAUGUUCAUCAGGAAUAUGGAUUACUGCCUCUGGGAGAUCAGGAUCAUCCUGAACAGGACAAAGAAGGCAUCCCCCAAUGUCCCUGUGGCCUUGGUGGCCAAGGUGGCCGAGGCCGAGCAGCUGUGGGAGGCCGGCUCCGGCCUGGCCAAGGAGCGCCUGCUGGGGAUAUUUGAGCUCACUGACAACCUCCUCUUGAGUCCCUGUGGUGGCCCUGGUGGCCCAGGUGGCCCCUGUAACCGCACAGUGGAUGAGUGGUGCCAAGAAGCCAUCAAGGACAUCCCAAGGCUGCUGCAGGGACAGUGAUGUCACCACUAUGAUGUCAUUGGGGCAGUGAUGUCACUGGAGAGACUUGUGGAUACUCAGCUGCCACCAGCUCCUCGUGUCACCAAGAGCCCCUCAAGUGUCACCAGCGCGAGUGCCACGAGCUCCUCAUGUCACCAAGAACUCUUCAAGUACCACCAGCUCCCCAAGUGCCACCAGCUCCUGGUGUCACCAAGAGCCCCUCGGGUGCCACCAGCUACUGGUGUCACCAAGAGCCCCUCGGAUGCCACCAGCUCCCCAAGUGCCACCAGCUCCUGGUGUCACCAAGAGCCCCUCAAGUGCCACCAGCUCCUGGUGUCACCAAGAGCCCCUCGGGUGCCACCAGCUCCUGCUGUCACUGGGAUCUUGUGCAGGAGAAGCUGGGGGGGUCCCUUGGGGCUCGGUCCUGUCCUCCUUCCCCAUUAUCAGCCAAGACCCCCCCGGGAGACAGUGGUCAGAAUUGAGAUUUUUAUAAAAGUUUGUUAAGGGAUAAAAUCCUGGUGCUAAUUGCCAAAAGCUCCCCAUUAAUUAAACCACGUUCUUUAUAUUCUGUUACAUCACAGAGGUUCAUGCAUAUUCACGGAGGUUGAUGCAUAUUCAUAAUAUAUUAUUGAUCUAAAAAUAUAUAUAUAUGAGUAAUAAAAUAGAAAUAUAGAUUUUAUAAAAAUACUUUACAUUAAUAUAUUUUAUACCAAUAGAAUUUAUAUUAUAUUCAUAUAUAUAAUUAUAUUGAUUUACUAUAUUAUUUUAAAAUAAUAUUUUAUAUUAACAUUUUAUAUAUACAUAAAUAUACAUAUAUUUUUCUAUAUUCUAUAUAAAUUAUAUUCAGACAUUCCUGGAAGUUCAGAUGUUCUUUUGUUUGGUUUUAACCCUUGACUUGCCUCCACGCCAUCUUGUGCAUUAAACCAAUUUAUUUUAUUUCUC